AUGUCGAAAACCCAGACUGCAGAGGAAGUCGUCGAGCUCAACCCAGACUUCUCCUUCGACCUCUCAGGCGAUCCUUACAAUGACUUCCUGAACGACCACAUCGAUGUCCAGGACCUCGUCAAAAAGGGCUCUAAGCCGGAACCUAUCUCAGUGGACGACAUCAUAGCCCGUCGGAAGCUGCGCGGAAACAGUGCUAGGAAGCGUAAACGUCCUGUAGAAGAUGAGGGGGAGGAGGAGGAUUCUGAAGGAGACGAGGACUCGGAUGACCACGAAGACGACGAAGACUCUGAUGGUUCUGCUGUGUCCGAGGAGGAGUACGAGGGAGUUUCAGCAGACGAAGACGAAGAUGACCCUCUGGCUACUUCUGGUGAGGAGUCCGGCGUGGAGGAGGACGAGGAAAAUGGAAAAGGAGACGAGGCACACGACAUGUCAGAUGACGCGGAGGACGAGGAAGACGCAGCAUCCUCCUCCGGCGACGAGUCAGAAGAAGAGACGCAAGCGGAGAAAGAGCGCAAGGCUGCAUUCUUUGACUCCGAGUCUGGUCCCUCGGAGGCUCACACGUCCUUCCUCUCCAUGAACCUUUCCCGGCCCAUCAUCAAGUCACUCACCACAUUAGGCUUCACCACCCCCACGCCAAUACAGGCCGCAACCAUUCCAGUCGCGCUCCUGGGCAAGGAUGUCGUCGGAAACGCCGUCACGGGUUCAGGCAAAACGGCCGCGUUCAUCAUCCCCAUGCUCGAACGUCUCAUGUACCGCGACCGGGGGAAGAAGGCUGCGGCGACGCGAUGCCUGGUGCUCGUCCCAACCCGCGAACUUGGCGUGCAAUGUUUCGAGGUCGGUACGAAGCUUGCGGCGCACACGGACAUCCGCUUCGCGCUGGUUGUAGGUGGCCUGUCCAUCAAGGCGCAAGAAGCAAAUCUGCGAACCCGGCCGGAUGUCGUUAUUGCCACCCCUGGUCGUCUCAUUGACCAUAUCCGCAACUCUCCCACCUUCACCCUCGACGCUCUCGAUAUCCUUGUUCUGGACGAGGCGGACCGCAUGUUGGAGGACGGUUUCGCCGAUGAGCUCACUGAAAUUAUCAAGUCAUGUCCGACGUCUCGCCAGACCAUGCUCUUCUCUGCUACCAUGACUGACUCCGUUGACGAGCUCGUCCGCAUGUCGCUGAAUAAGCCGGUCAGGCUCUUCGUCGACCCUAAGCGUGCGACCGCACGGGGUCUGCUGCAAGAGUUUGUUCGUGUACGGGCUGGGAAGGAGGCCGAGCGUUCAGCGCUACUAGUCGCGCUUUGCAAACGGACAUUCAAAUCCCGUGUCAUAAUCUUCUUCCGGAGCAAGAAGCUCGCUCACCAGAUGCGCAUAGUGUUCAGGUUACUGGACAUGAAGUGCGACGAGCUUCAUGGCGACCUCAGUCAGGAACAGCGGCUGAAAGCGCUGCAACAAUUCCGUGACGGACACGUCGACUACCUCAUGGCCACAGACCUGGCUUCCCGCGGUCUGGACAUUAAGGGGAUCGAGACGGUCAUCAACUAUGACAUGCCGGGACAGCUUGCUCAGUAUCUCCACCGUGUGGGACGUACAGCACGCGCGGGCAAGAAAGGACGAUCUGUCACGCUUGUGGGCGAAGCGGACCGCAAGAUGCUCAAGGCGGCCAUAAAGCACUCGUCCGGCGGCGAGGAUCAGAUCCGCCACCGGCAGGUCCCGCAGGAAGUGGUUAGCAAAUGGGCCCAGAAGCUCGACUCGCUCAAGCAGGAGAUCUCCGAAAUCCUGCAGGAGGAGAAGGAGGAGAAACAGCUUCGCCAAGCCGAAAUGGAACUCAAAAAGGGCCAGAAUAUGAUUGAGCACGAAGCGGAGAUCUUCUCGCGGCCCGCUCGCACUUGGUUCCAGACAGGGAAGGAGAAGGCCAAGGCCGAAGCGUUGAGUAAACAACAGUACGAAGCUGGUUUUGACGCCGGUAAAAAGGGAAAGUCAAAGGAGCCAGCGCAGACGAAGCCGAAACGGGACAAGUUUGCGGGGCUAUCGAGGCGGGCUAAGCGGAGGAAGAUGGCGAUGGAGGAGGAUGCGGCGGAGACUGGGGCGAUCCGUGCGGCAGUUCGUUCUGCCAAGAAGGCAACUCGACCCGCCAAGAUUGGCGAGCCAGAGCGACGAACAACAUCUUCGAAGAAGAGGGACAAGAAGGGGGUGCGAUCGAAGAGCAAGACGAAGUCGAAAGGUGGCGCGUUCGACAAGGACUUGGGACAGCGGCCGGCGAGGGAGGGCGUGAGGGCGAAGAAGGGCGACGUGAUUGGAGGCAUGGGAAAGAAAAAAGGCGGAAAACGGAAGUCAUAG